ACGAGAUUCAUUUUGUAGAUGAUAUAUAAAAAUUCGUAUAUGUGUAGUGUAUCAGAUAUAGAAAAUAAAUUACAAUCCUUAAAAGAGAGGAAAUAGAAACAAUUGAGAAGCAGUGAGGCACGAGCAGAAUAGAAAGUUGUAUGUGAUAAGUGAGUGAUUUAAUUAAUUAUGAAGACAGAUAAAUUGCUGACACCAACAACAGCUGCAACAAUUCAAACAAAAGCUACGACAAUCAUCAGCACAUUGAAUUCUAAACGUCCUACUGUAAUUGUGUAUCCUACUGUUUCACCUGAGUCUGUUGUUGUCCCAAUAGUCAGCUGUAUAUUUGGAUUUCCAUUGUUUGCACUACUUAUUAUCUGCUGUCUACGUAAAAGAGCGAAAUUGGCUCGUGAAAGAGAACGACAACUAAACUACGGAUUGCAGGAUCAUGCUGUUAGUCUAGUGCGAUUUAGUCCUAUUCAUAAGCUCACAAAUGGAAAUAAGCGAGCUGUUAGCUUUCGUUCGGGAAGCAUUAGUCGGGGAUUUCCGUCUCUCGAUCUUGACACGGUUGUGGAAGAGAAAAGUGAUCCAGAGCAAACACAGGUACAUCGACGAGCAUCCACCGGUGUCUGUGUUCAUUUUGCGUCGUCUAGUAACAAUAAUAGUAAUCAUAGUUCUAAUAGUCAUCAUCCAAACUGUAAAUUCACUAGCAACGUUACUCAUCAUAAUAGUUCCAUUAUCACAAAUAGCAUCAAGAUACUUAACACUAUAAUUGAUGGAACUGGCAAACGUGACAGUAAUACAAAUCGAUCAACAUCCAUGCAUAAUUUACACCAUAACAGCACGAAAGUACAUUUCAAUUCGUCAAAUGGAUCAUCGACAAAUAAAUCAAUGUCAUUGUCACAUCCAUCGCUAACGCAGCCAACCCCACGUUCGCUGAGACAAUUAACAACAAUAUCAUCUUCUCGAAGUCCUCUGUGGACAGCACUCACAACAGCACAAGUAAUUACAGUAGAUGUUGAAGUUGAUUAUGUCGACGACGAUAGUUGA